GUGGAAAUUAGAAUUAUAAUAAAGGAAAAGCGAUAUUUUAAGAAUGUUUCCUUUUUUAGCUUUACUAUCUAUAUUUAGUUGUUAAAAAAUAACCCCCUCUCCCCCAUUUUGGAUUUCAUUUUUUUCACAAUUAUUUUUUUACGAAAAAUGACAAACCGUUAAAAUUUGCGACAAAACUUUAUGACAAACCGGCAAUCCAAAAAUGACAAACGAAAACCAUAAAAAAAAAAAGCGUCAUACAAAAAUAUUAGAAAUCACAAGUUUAAAUUUGCUAACUUAUAAUAUCUACAUACAACCAAAGAACAAUGUCAUCAACUGCUCAACCUAGAUCACAAACACAGACAGUGACAAGAACAGAAACUGCUCAGCCGAUUUUAAGACUAAGGAAUAAAGAUGGAGAGACGAAGAAACGAGGGAAGACAAGACCGCAAGUGAGUUGGAAUGAAGAUGUGGUAGAUAAUGAACAUAUGAAUAAGAAGAAAUCAAAGAUAUGUUGUAUAUUUCAUCCUCAACGUGAGUUUGGUGAGGAAUCUGGUAGUUCGUCAGAUGAUUCCAGUAGUGAUUUAUCGGGAGAUGAAGGUGAUAGACGUAAUAAUAUCCAUAAUCAUGAUCAUGAUCAUGAUCACGACCAUAAUGACGAUGAUAAUGAUGACUUUGUAUGUGAUCAUGGUCAUGUUCAUAAGAAAUCCGAUAAAAUCAAGAAGUCCAAAUCAAAGAAAUCAAGUACUAUCAACGAUAGUAAACCAAAUGCAUAUGAAACUCAACCUGUUUAUAAAAAUCAAUCAACUUUACCUACCAAUGAUCAACAAGAUAUACAUACAAAGCCACAAUAGAUAGAUAGAUAAUUUACAAGUAUUUCGAAUAUUUAUUU